CCAUUUUGGUUGGCCAUUGGCUAAGAUAACGAUGCUAAGCUAACUCGGUAAGGGCUAGCGCAUUUGUGCGGCGUUUGCAGCCGCAAACAUGGAUGACGGCGACGAGCUCGGGAUAGUUCUCUCCCACAACACCUCCGCUGGCUCCAAGUCGGGGGGGGACAAGAUGUUUUCACUCAAAAAGUGGAACGCCGUCGCCAUGUGGAGUUGGGAUGUCGAAUGCGACACUUGUGCCAUUUGCCGGGUGCAAGUGAUGGAUGCUUGUCUCCGAUGCCAGGCGGAAAACAAACAAGAGGACUGUGUUGCAGGACUGGGUGGUUCAGAGAAUCGGCAAAUAAGGCCAGCUCCUCGGCGACGUGAUUCACAGACGUCACCUUUUAUGCACCCGAGGGACACAAAUCUGGCCGUGAUCGUUGCGACGCCUCGCGCAGAGCCGCUUUCUACAACUCUCCUCGACCAUUUGAUUGCAUGUUCCAGUAUUCCCAGUGUCAGAGGCAGGCAAUGAACCAAGCAGGUGGAUGCCACACACACACACACUCUGACUCGUGGCUCGCUGAUUGAUGUGCAAAGGACGGAAGAGUCACGAGGAGAAACGAGAUGACACUUUGCAGUGUGUGGUCAUUUGUUAGCUUUACAAUUUUUGUUUGUUGGGGGUGUUUGCCACAUGUCAAAUAUGUGACUAAUUUUCAGGAAUAAAGGUUUGUGUAUGGCUGUAAACUGAUUC